AUGUCUGGCAGCUGUUAUUCUAGGAAAUGCCCCUCCAUGCCAGCCAUCUCUCUCUGCUCCACUGAGGUGAGCUGUGGAAGGCCCAUCUGUUUGCCCAGUUCCUGCCGGAGCCAGACAUGGCAACUGCUGACUUGUCAAGACAGUUGUGGAUCAUCUAGCUGCGGCCUACAAUGCUGUCAACCCUCCUGUUCCGUGAGCAGCUGUGCCCAACCCGUGUGCUGUGAGGCCACCAUUUGUGAGCCUUCCUACUCCGUGAGCAGCUGUGCCCAACCUGUAACCUGUGAGGCCACUGUUUGUGAGCCUUCUUACUCCGUGAGCAGCUGUGCCCAACCUGUAACCUGUGAGGCCACCAUCUGUGAGCCUUCUUGCUCUGUGAGCAACUGUGCCCAACCGGUGUGCUGUGAGGCCACCAUUUGUGAACCUUCUUGCUCCGUAAGUGGCUAUGCUCACUCUGUGGGCUGUGAGGCCACUUCCUACCAACCAGUGCUCUGUGUGCCCACUUCCUGUCAGCCUGUCCUCUGUAAGCCCAGCUGCUGCCAGCCAGUCGUCUGUGAGCCCAGCUGCUGUUCAGCUGUCUGCACUGUGCCUAGUUCCUGCCAACCAGUGGUCUGUGAGCCCCCUUGCUGUCAGCCAGUAUGCCCGACGUCUAGCUGCGGUCCAUCUGUCUGCUCUUUGGACAGUGGCUGCCAGGUUCUCUGCUCUGACCCCAGUCCUUGUGAGCCAUCUUGCUCAGAGCCCAGUGUCUGCCAGCCAGCUACCUGUGUGGCUCUGGUCUGUGAGCCUGUUUGCCUCCACUCUGUCUGCUGUGUUCCGAACCCUUGCGAGCCACCUUGUGUCUCCAGCACCUGCCAAGAACCCUCUUGUUGCGUCUCCAGUAUCUGCCAGCCCACCUGCUCUGAGCCCAGCCCCUGCUCACCAAGCGUCUGCGUGCCCAGUCCAUGCCGACCUACCCGCUACGUAGUCAAGCGUUGUCGUUCCGUCAGCUGUGAGCCCGUUUCCUACCCAUCUGCCUCCUGUCAACCUUUCUGCGGCCGUCCGGGGUCUUCUGCAUCUGCCAUCUGCAAACCAACUUGCCCGCGGACUUUCUACAUACCCAGUUCCAGCAAACAGCCUUGCAGUACCUCGGUUUCCUACCGCCCGAUUUGCCGCCCAAUCUGCUCUGGACCAAUCACCUGCAGGCAGCCGUACCUGACCUCCGUCUCCUACCGUCCCGCCUGCUACCGCAGGUGCUACUCCAUCCUGCGCCGCCCGGUCUGCGUCACGUCCUACUCUUAUCGCCCUGUCUGCUCCCGCCCGCCUUGCGCUGAGUCCUACCUCUGCAAACGGGAUUGCAGAAAGUCCUCUUCCAGCCAUCCGGAUUGUGCUGCCUCAACCCCUUGCAAGACGGAGGGCUCAGAGGAGUGUCCCUGCCAGCCGACUGCGGCCAAACCCACCAGCCCAGCCACCCGGGAAGCCGCAGCCGCUCAGCCUGCUGCCGGCAAGCCUGCCAACUGCUGA